CGAAGUUCUGUCCUUAUAAUUCGUCGGAUAUCGGCCGGAAUCGUUGCCGGUCGCGCGUUCCAUACUUUUAAUCGAAACCGUAUAACAAUCGAGUUCCGCGUUCUUUAUGUACCGUUGAAUACCGGCCGACAAAUCGUUUCGCGAAAAUGGACACCGAAACGAACCACGAGAAGGUCCAUCGAAAGGACAACGAGAACGAAGACGUCCCGUACGAGGUCGAGGAAGUUGUGGAAAGACCAGGACACGGCACCGAUCUGAACUACAAACAUUCGGUGAUGUGGCCGAACGCUGUGUUCCACGUUCUGAUCCAGAUAGGAUGGUUGAUCAGCAUCCGCACCGCGUUCGUCCAUGCCAAAUGGGCAACCAUAAUGUGGGCGAUUUUUUGGCUCACUUUCCAAAUCAUAGGAGUAGGAUUAGGCGCGCAUCGGUAUUUCACCCACAAGUCUUACAAAGCGACGCCUCUUAUGAGACUGAUCCUCGUUUUGGGCCAGACUGCGACCGGUCAGAACAGCGCGUUCACGUGGGCGAAAGACCACACCCUGCACCACAAGUACAGCGACACGGACCUGGACCCCCAUAACUCGAACAGAGGAUUCUUCUUCGCUCACAUGGGCUGGAUGAUGAUGAAGAAACACCCCCUGCUGCGGAAGAAGGAACGCGAGAUGGACUGGUCCGAGAUGAAGAAGGACAAGCUCUUAAUGUUCCAGCACAAGUACUUCCUGCCUGCUUACUUCGUGAUCGGGAUGGCAUUGCCCAUCUGGGUGCCGAUGUACUUUUGGGAUGAAACGUUCUGGAACUCUUUCUUCGUGGCUUACAUACUCCCCUACGUCACUCUCUUGCACGCGACGUGGAGCAUCAAUUCGUUCGCGCAUUGGGAGGGUAGCAAGCCCUACGACAAGAGGGUUCAAGCGGCGGAAUCGACGGUGGCUAAUUUGCUCACGCUCGGCGACGGAUUUCACAAUUAUCAUCACGCCUUCCCGUGGGACUACCGAAUGACCGACACACCGUACAGCAUCUCCGCGAAAAUCCUCGAAUUGUUCGCGUACCUGGGCCUCGCCUACGAUCUCAAAAUCGCGACACCGAAGACCGUCGAUGGCCAUCAGAAGAGACACGGGGACGGGUCAUUCGUGGACGUAGUCAACACGUUCAACGCGAAAACGAAGGACGAGUCGCGCAUCAAGUGACAAACGAGACUUUGAUCCGAGCUGGACGCGACGUUGUCGAGAACUCGAUGAUCGACCGACAUCCUUUUGUUCAUCAAUCUUGUAUUCGCAGCGGGAAAUUGUAAUCGGGGGAGGGUGGCAAUAAAGUAGACCCAUGCCUUUUGACUCGUACAAUUACGAAGACUCGCUUAAAAAUACAAAUCUUUGUACAUAGUAUGUUUGUAAGUGAAGCGAUCGGAGGUGGUCGUACUUCGUGUCCGGCAAUUAUUCGAUUGUUCAUUCUGUAAACCAUCGCGCAACAUAUCGAUCUCAAAAUUGUAUAAAUAAAACAAUUUAUUAUGUUA